CUAUUAGGAUAUGCACAUGUAUGUGGCGGUCCGCUAGACGUGCUGUACCUGGUUCUCCUUUGGAACUUGUCCAUUCUCUUUCGUCGCCCAAGGCUGAAGCCCGAAGCAUCCGUUCCUUAACUUACUAUACGCCCAUACGCAUGUAUAUGUAUAUAUGUGUGUGUGUCAGAGUCAACUUAACCUUCUUUUAUUAUACCAUACCGUCGUUUCUUUAAGACGUACGACGUCCCUGGUGAGACGUCAACAUUCCACACGCGACCAUGCAUUACUCUCUCAGCUUCGCCGUGGCUGUCGCCGCGACGUUUCUCGCCGAAACAUUCGCUAUACCAAUCGUCGUGACCCCCGGAAACGAGAAGGACGUGAUCGUCACCGCGGCGAACACGAUCAACGGCACGGAGGCCCUCGAAGUCCCCGAUGACAAGACCCCGCUCACGCUCUCCUUCUAUAACAACUUCGACGGCGGCCAGCUCAACGCAUACGUAACCGGCUUAGACCCCUCCGGGACGGUCGUGAUGCUCUCGGCCGACGGAGGUUGGUUGUAUCCCGACCCGAAAGGGAGCCAGACUCCCGUGGCUAUAGAGGGCAACGUUGCCAUCCCCCUAAACGGAGCAGGCCAGACCACCGGGUUCGACCUUCCCGACUUUCUCAGCUCUGGCCGCGUCUGGAUCGCCGAGGGCGAGCUUCAGUUUUUCACCGUGGUGGACGGGAACGGCAAGGCGGUCAUCGUCGAGCCAGCGGCGGCGAACCCUUCGGACCCGUCAUCCGCCGUCAACUGGGGCUUCGUCGAGCUAACCAACACAAAGGACAGCGGCAUCUUCGCCAACAUCUCGUUCGUCGACUUCGUCGGCCUCGUCAUCGGCAUGACCCUGACUCUCCAGGACGGCCGCACCCAGGACGUCAUAGGUCUACGCAAGAACGCCAUCACCGACAUCUGCAACGACCUGCGCGACCAGGCGGCCCAGGACGGCCAGCCGUGGGACAAGCUGUGCGUGACAGACAAGGACGGCAAGCCGCUGCGCGUGCUCUCGCCCAACUUGUACCUGUCGCUCGAACCGACGGCGAUGGAGACGUACUAUGAGGACUACAUCGAGAAGGUGUGGCAGAAGUACAGCAAUGAGGACUUGACGAUCAACACCCAGACGGACGCGGGCAACGUGGCGUGUCGCGUCAACGGCCAGGCGCUCGAGUGCGAGGGCGACAACCGUGGCUACGUGAAGCCGACGGUGCUCGACAUCUGGGGCUGCAACUCGGGCCCGUUCGGGAUCCGCGAGGAGGACAACGCGGUACACAAGGCAGUGGUGCCGCGGCUAUGCGCCGCCUUCUACCGCACGACGCUCCUUGUCGACGGGGGUAACGUGCAGCCGUCUCUCGGCGCAGACAGUUACUACACCGCCGACCCGACGAGUCACUACUCGCGCCUGGUGCACAAGUACGAGAUCGACGGUAAGGGUUACGCCUUCUCCUACGACGACGUCAAUCCCGACGGCCAGAACGAGGCCGGUGUCGUAUCCGGCGCCAACCCCAAGCUCCUGCACAUGACCAUCGGCGGAUUUGCCACCUAAUCGUCUCCAUCGGAGCCGAUCCUGACUGACUACUCCCUCCGUUACUCGCCCAGGCUGCGAGGUCCCGGAGACGCGAAAUAGGGAGAGACAGUGUAGCCAUUCAUCAAUUAUCCUCACGCCACACAGCGCCAGUUCCCGCACCCCUUCCCCCUUCCCGAAACCAGCGCCACGAGUUCAUGACCUCCGCCACCUUGUAUAUAGCUUCUCCUGUCUUUUUAUGUAGAUAUCGUACUUGCGUGUAUAUAGCAUUUUUCGAGCAACGCGAUGGUUUUUUUUACGCAUUCGUAUAUAUAAGUUUCGAAACUGAG